AUGUCUGCAGCAAACCCUGAUAUCAAACCGGGAAGUGAUUUUCACGAUGAGAUUGUGAAUAAAAUUGUCAGAGUUGUCAACCGCUACUCUGAAUCCCAGUACAUUGAUUGGAUCAAGCUAUUGAAGGUGAAAGUUGAAAUAACUGAACAAGUAUUGGAUCGCUGCGAGUGCGAGGAGUGUAGAGCUAUAAGGGAAUCGAUUUUGAUGGCAGAGAGGGAAGCAGAAAAGUUAAUAGUACCCGCGAGUGAGUCAUCGAUCAAGAAGCUACUGAAGAGGGUUAGGGUAGUGGCCGCAGACUUGGAGGAGGGUCAUGAAGGUCGUCAAAGAAAAAGAAGAAGUCGUGGCAGUAAGAGUGAUAACAAUGUAGUUGCAAGGCCAAGUGAUAGCGAUUGCUGUAUUGUUUGUUCCGAUGAGUUUACUGCCGGAAAGUAUGCGGUUCAAAUGCCAUGUUUGCAUUCGUUUCAUAGAUCGUGCAUUGAGAAAUGGCUGAGACGGAGUCACCAUUGCCCUAUUUGCCGAUAUGAGAUGCCCGUGGCUGAUGUUCAAGAAGAUGUAGAGACAUUGUUAAGCAGCUAG